CAGCACACGCCCAAACCCGAUUCCUCAAACUCCUAAGUAACUCCUAAGUAAUUAAAUUAGAGAAGAAGUCUACUAUUGACUAUUAAAUUUCCAACCAACCCGACCUAAACCCACCCCACGCAGAUUCGUCAUGCUUCAUUUCCAAAUAUUCCUGUUUAUUGUUUCAGGUUCACAUGCGCAUCGGAAACAAGCAGAUAGACGUAAACACAGAACCAGAACUUAUAAAGAGAGAGGUAUUGUAAUCCGGACUAUGUUCAUCACCCAUAUUCACAGUAAUGUUUUGCCCAGUGGCGCAGGGGAAAUACCUACUGUAGUAGCAAAAAGAAACGGUGAAAAAGGAAAAGGGAGAAAUGAAGAAAUGACACACAUACACAUACAACUACACACAGCCAUGCCAUGACAUGCAGCAGACAGGACACGACACCCAACCAGCCAGUAGAAACAAAAGGUAACUUGCCACAGCAAACAAAAACACACAACAGAACAAACAGGGAGAGGGAGAAGGAGAAGAAAAAGGAGGGCUACUCUAGGCAGGGAGAGAAUGAUACCCAAUCCAGGCAGAGAAGAAAAGGGUCACACAAGACAUGACACAUUGACGAGGUGGGAAAAGUUUGUCUACUAGGCUGUAAGUAAGUAGUUUUCCUUGAACACGCGCAGAAAACUUGGAUCAACCACUGAGGAAAGAGGCUCAGGUAGGACGAAG